AAAGGUUAAGAUGGCUCCAAGGUACGAGAUAGCUGUAGGACUUCAAAGGGGACACAAAACCACCAAACUUGAUAAGUCAAAGAUUAACAAAGUUCGGCCUGCGAGGUUGAAGGGGAUCCAAACUAAGCAUACGAAAUUUGUUCGAGACAUUAUCCGAGAAGUUGUGGGACAUGCCCCAUAUGAGAAGAGGGCCAUGGAGUUGUUAAAAGUUUCCAAAGAUAAACGAGCACUCAAAUUCCUGAAGAGACGUCUUGGAACACACAUCCGAGCCAAGAGAAAGCGUGAAGAACUGUCCAACAUCCUCACACAAAUGCGUAAACAGGCUACCCAUAAAUAGUUGUAAUAUUUUUUUAAGAAUAAAAGUUGGGUAGUCGAAAAAAUUGUA